GAAGAAGAUACUGAAGAUCCCGUUGACCGCAUGCUAAAAAAAACUGGUUGUAUAGAAUUACACUACAACGUUCAGGAAUGUAUUGCUAAGACUCAAGAUUGGCGAAAAUGUCAGGAUGUAGUGAAGAAAUUUAAAGCUUGCAUGGAAAAACAUCAAAGGGAAAAAGAAUUACAAAAUAAUUGAAACAGUAUGGGUAAAUUAUUAAGAAGAUUAAAGUAUUUGAUAACUAAAGGGUUGCCUAAGGAACCAUAUAAAAUGGUACUAGUUGUUCGGACAGAUCUUUCAAUGAGCACUGGUAAAAUAGCUGGUCAAUGUGCACACGCUGCUGUUGAAUGUUACGAUCUUUGUAAAAAUGAUAAAAUUAAUGGAGAAUAUUUAGAAUCAUGGUUGAUGGUUGGUCAACCAAAAAUUGUACUAAAAACCAGCAGUGAGGAAAGAUUAAAAUCCUUGGCUAGCAAUGCCAAUAAUCAUGGACUUGUUACAGCUAUUAUUAAAGAUGCCGGUAGAACUCAAUUAGAACCUGGUACUAUUUCAGUACUUGGUAUUGGUCCUGGUCCUAACAGCAUUGUAGAUAAAGUUACAUCACACCUUAAAUUACUUUGAUAUCUUUUAUAAUCUCUUGUAAAUUUUAAAUAGUUAAUAAAUAAAUUUAAAUGUUAUCAAGUCAACUUUAUUACAAUAAAAAAAAUUAUAUUUUUUACUAAUUAAAUUUAGUGGAAGUCUAUAUUCGUUUACAUGUGAUUACAUAGUCA